UUCUAUCUAUAUUUGUGUACCAUCGGGUGUUAUUGGGCUAAUUGUUAUUGACUAAUUCUGUGUUUUUUCCCCAUUGAUUUUCACGAUCUCGUCACGGGACAGGGGAGAGAUAGCCCUCCUGGAUCAUGUUCUCCUCUUCGUCGAGAAACUCUCUACUCUUGUCCUGGCCGUCCAUGGAGCAGUCAGACUCAGAGACACUGGACAUCAGCACCAAAGUGCAGAUUCAUGGGGUGCUGUGGAAGAGGCCGUUCGGACGCCCCUCGGCAAAGUGGUCCCGCAGAUUCUUCAUCAUCAAAGACAGUUUUCUCCUUUACUAUGCUGAAAAUGAGAAGAGAAACUUUGAGACCAACCGGUGCCUCAGCAUCCAUCCUAAGGGAGUGAUUCCUUUGGGUGGGUGUGUGGUGUCAGCCAGUGAGAACAUGGGAAUGCCUUUUGCCAUUGAAAUCCACUUGGAAGACUUCUGUGGAACUAUAGUACUGGCAGCUGAGACUGAGGUGGAGCAGGUUCAGUGGAUGGAGAUGAUACAGGAGUCUGGAAAAGUGACGUGGAAGAACGCUCAGCUCGGGGAGGCCAUGAUUGAGAGUCUAGAGGCUCAGGGGCUGCAGCUCGCCAAAGAGAAACAAGAGUAUCUCGAUAAACUCAUGGAGGAGACAGAGGAGCUGAGCCACCAGAGAGCACAGAGAGAGGAGCUGGAGCGUCUGAAUCAGAUUUUAGAGGAGGAGAAGCGGAAAUAUGAAGAGGUCGUGAUGGAGCUGAAGGCAGAGCAAGAACAAAUUAAACAAGACCUGGAGGGAACAUCCCAGUCUUUAAAGGGAGUGGAGAGAGAGAAAGAAGAGCUGAGCAGCCUUACGGUCAUGUUACAGAAAUCUAUUGAGGAGCUUUCCCGAGAGAAACAGCGCACGUUGGAGCUUCUCGGGGGGAAAGAGCAUCAGGACAAUGACCAGGAAAACACCAAGAGUCACAAAGGAUUGAAUCUAGAGGACAGUGAAAAAGCGGAUGACACGGCUUUGCUCCAGGACCUCAAACACAUCGAGGACCAAAUGAAAGUGUUACUCCAAGAGAAAGACCAGGCCGAACAAAAACUCCAGGAGAAUGAGCAGAGGUCGAUGGUGCUGCAGCAGGAGAGGGAGUUUUAUUCGUCUCAGGCUCAAACUCUGCAGCAAUCUCUGUCCCAGCUCACAGUCGACAAACAGCAGACAGAGGCCGAGCUCAAGACUGAGAUUGAGUCAAGAGUGGAGUUGGAGCGGAGGUUGAAGUCUGCAGAGGAGGCGCUGGAGAAUCUGGAGAAGGGACUGAACAGUUUGGACCGAACCAAAGAGAAAGAUGAGAAGAUGAAGGGAGAUGUUACACAGCUCAGGAAGUUUUUCGAGGAGUGCAUUUGUGCAGCAGAGAUCGAGGCAAAGCUCCCAUCGAUCAUGAAGAAUGCGGUGUAUCUCCACAAAGCUGCAGCCAGGAGAAUAAAGAGCUGCAGGAUCCAGAGGAGGGCCUCCAAACGACAUUGGUUGAAACACUCCAGGUCAUUUGCAGUGGCCAAUGAAGAGGCCGGUGAGAUGGAGGAACUGAAAGCGACGGCUCGAAGACUCACUUCAGACAGUAGCUUCAGAGAAAGUGUUUAUAAGAUCAUGUCCCGAAAAGAUGCCACCAACGGGACCAAUGUGUAACAAGGGUUAAUGGGUCACUGAAAU